GCUCGGUCCUGUGUAGGGGGUGGAUGAGUUUAUUUGGAUAAUGAGCUCGCGCAUACAUCUAACGUUUGUGUUUUUACGACCAAGGACCAUAUAUGCCCUGUUCGUUAAUUCUAUCACAUAAUGUUUUUAUGUGAUGAUGGCCCUCUCAGUCGUCUGAGUAGCAAGUGUAUUAUAAUCCUGCUGGCUAGUGGAUGUCAUGGCAGUGUAGCCAUAUAAAUGAAAGCUAGCUAAGUAGCUUUUCAUUUGAAUGAAUGAGACUCGGCGUGCUAGGCGUUGUGUAGUUAUUGCAAGCUAACUGGCCAGCUAGUUAAAUUGCCAGUUUAGCAUGCGAGUAGCCUGUAGGAUUGACUUGUUCGCAUUUAAAGCAAUUGUCAAUGGAAUGACAUACGCUAAAUGGAUAUUUAUCUAACUAAAUGUUUCGUUUUAUACUGCUGGCGCAUUUGCUAGCUAACAGCAGCGCAUAUCCUUGGCUGUCCUUCUCUGACGUUACAGCAGCAGGCUAGACGUAAAACAGAGUCCAGGGGGAGACUUGGGGGCUAAGAAGAAGAAGAAGAAACAGAAGAGAAAGAAAGAGAAGCCAAGCUCUGGAGGGGCCAAGUCAGACUCUGCCUCAGACUCACAGGAGAUAAAGAACCCAGGGCUGCCCAUGCAGAAGCUGCAGGACAUCCAGAGAGCCAUGGAGUUGCUGUCCUGCCAGGGACCAGCUAAGAGCAUUGACGAGGCCACCAAACACAAGUACCAGUUCUGGGACACACAGCCAGUACCUAAACUCAAUGAGGUUGUAACCAGCCAUGGGCCCAUGGAGGCUGACAAGGACAACAUCAGACAGGAGCCCUACUCUCUACCACAGGGCUUUAUGUGGGACACGCUGGACCUCAGCAACGCUGACGUGCUGAAGGAGUUGUACACCUUGUUGAAUGAGAACUAUGUGGAGGAUGAUGACAACAUGUUUAGAUUUGAUUACUCACCCAGCUUUCUCAAAUGGGCGUUGCGUCCUCCAGGCUGGUUGCCCCAGUGGCAUUGUGGGGUGAGGGUUUCCUCCAAUAAGAAACUGGUUGGUUUCAUCAGUGCCAUUCCUGCUGAUAUUCACAUCUACGACACCUUAAAGAAAAUGGUUGAGAUCAACUUCCUGUGUGUUCAUAAGAAAUUGCGUUCAAAGCGUGUGGCUCCAGUUCUGAUCAGGGAGAUCACACGAAGGGUUAACUUGGAGGGUAUAUUCCAGGCCGUCUACACGGCAGGAGUGGUUCUACCCAAACCUGUGUCUACCUGCAGGUACUGGCAUCGUUCUCUGAACCCUAGGAAGCUGGUGGAGGUGAAAUUCUCUCACCUGAGCAGAAACAUGACGCUGCAGAGAACCAUGAAAUUGUACAGACUACCAGACAGCACUAAGACCCCGGGCUUGCGAGCGAUGGAGAGGCGUGACGUGCGUCAGGUGACGGAGCUGCUGCAGAAACACAUGAGACGUUUCCAGCUGGCGCCCUCUAUGGGCGAGGAGGAGGUGGCACACUGGUUCCUCCCUCAGGACAACAUCAUAGACACAUUUGUCGUGGAGGGUGCUGGUGGUGUGUUGACAGACUUCACUAGUUUCUACACCCUGCCCUCCACAGUGAUGCACCAUCCACAGCACAGAAGUCUAAAGGCUGCUUACUCCUUCUACAGCGUUCACACACACACUCCACUACUGGACCUGAUGAAUGACACUCUCAUACUGGCCAAACUGAAAGGCUUUGAUGUGUUUAAUGCUCUGGACCUGAUGGAGAACAAGGUGUUUCUGGAGAAGCUCAAAUUUGGCAUCGGAGACGGCAACCUGCAGUAUUACCUCUUUAACUGGAAAUGUCCCCCCAUGGACCCUGGCAUGGUUGGCCUUGUUCUUCAAUAACUAGUCUGUCUGUGACUGCUACACACUCAGAGGUCAAAGGUCUUCUUUGACCCCUAACAUCGCUCUACCUGGACACACAGGUAGUCCCAAACUAGAAGAAGACAAUGAAAACAAUCAACCAAUCAAAGUGAUCGGGAGGUGUGCAUCACUUUGAGCAUCUCUCCUGGAUCAUUUUUAUCAUGGAGAACAUUCUCUCUGCUCACCCGGAACUGAUAACUCUUUUUAACCAUCAACAUCCUGAAUGUGAAGUCAUGCUCUGCCUGAGACAGACUCUUGUACAGUACACACACACACACACACACACACACUACAUGAAGAAAAGGAAGAUUUUCAUCCAAAAUGUUUUUAAAAAAUUAUUAUUCAAAAAGGUGCAUUGGUAACCGUGUUUGUUGGACAGUGCAGAAAUGUAGUAACCUGUACAUUUAAUGCCAGAACACAUGUAUUCCUGUAGUGUGGAAUAUGGAGGGUGGGAGAGGAAAGAUUCAACUAGCGUAGAUGUUAUUGACUUUGGUGUUCCUAUGAACGGUUAAGAGGGGAGGGGAUUCUAGGGAUUUUUGAGGAAGAAUGUAUUUGAAGCACAAAUCUUAAGUUCUUAACUGAGAGGAAGGCUCCUUAUAACAACCCCAGGUGCAUUUUAUAUAUCGAUUAUUUCUGUUUUGUGUGUUUAGGUUUUUCAAUAUCUGAGUGUUUGAGAAACACAAAAUGCAGGAUGAGAAUUUUAUUAUUUUAAAAUUGUUUUUAAUUUGUUUUGUGUGUUUGCACCUAACAACAUAUUAUUUUAAAAAGGUCCCAUUUUUUUCCCGGGCACAAUUCUGAUAUUUAGGAUUGUGCUUAUAUGUUGUGUGUUCUGUCACCAUUUCUCCCAUGUCUGUCAAAAUGGCAUCUUCACCUAUAAAUAAAGGUAUUGGGUUGGAGUAUCAGGCAGCUCCUUGUGUAUGAUCCAGCACAUGAAGGAA